UGAAAAUGGACGUUGCUAUGCUGCUCAGAACAGCAAAAAGUACUUGGAUUAUUAGUAUAUUAAGCUUCAUCGUGCCUGUCAUAUUUGCGCAAUACUUUUGUUUGAUUACACGAGAAUCUUUUCAGUGUAUUUAUUAGUAAAGCAGGAAUACCUACUCUGUCAAAUGUUUUAGCAACAACAUACUAUGCCAAUAUUGCUGUUGCAAUGGAAGAACACAAUCUUUUAACUAGUGAGUUAGGCCGACUUGCAAUGUCUGCUGGCAUGUUUAUGGAGGCGGUCGGGUGGGUUCAUUUGAUCUUGUCGGUCAUUAUUCUGCAAGGAAAUAUUGGUAACGGGAUUCGAGUUGUCAUUUUCUUAUGUUCAAUGAUACUCUUUGCAACACGCGUCGUAAGGCCAGUUAUAGUGAAGCAGAUUAUCGAGAGAAUACCAGAAGAAAGUCCUCUAAGUGAAAAUUUUGUCGUAGCAAUACUAAUUUGUGCAUUAGUUAUGGGAUUGAUUGCUGAAUCAACUUUUGGAGCUUUUUAUAUUGGGACUUUACUGAUGGGUUUAAUCAUUCCGGAUGGACCUCCGCUGGGUUCAGCAUUAGUAGAGAAAGUUGAACUGAUGGUGAUGGAAUUCUUUCAGCCUAUGUUCUUUGUUCUAAUUGGUUACAGUGUUGAUACUUCAUUCAUGGUCCACAACAAGGAUGUCGGCCUGUUGCUGCUCUUCGUUGUCGGAUGUCAUUUGGCAAAGAUUUUGGGUACUAUGUUAGCCACACUGUUUAUCAAUAUAAAUCUUCGAAAUGCUGUUCUGCUAGCAAUCAGUUUGAAUAUCAGAGGUGUUGUUGACUUGACUGCUUAUGAGAGAUGGCUUAUCAGAGGGGUAAGGAUCUUUAAUGCAUUUAUUAUGGACGAGAGGAUGUUUAGCAUAUUGGUGCUAUCCAACAUUUUCCUGACAGGAAUUUACAACACUUUGGUACACGUUUUCUAUAAACCUGAAAUUAGACUAGCUGCAUUUCCUCCUACAGAAAAAUAUUUCAGAACCCUUCAAACAACCCCAUCCGACAAAGAAUUACACAUUCUUACCUCCACCCAUAACGAAGAUAGCAUCCAUUGCAUCAUUGCUUUACUCGAAGCAUCGUAUCCGAACGCCGCCAGUCCUAUAAAUGUCAAUGUUAUCCAUGCCGUUGAGCUUGCCGGGCGAGCAGGUCCAAAGAUAAUACCUUACAGUAGCCAUAGCUAUAGCAGGAAAUUACAGUCUAACACAGCAAAACAUAUAAUGCGAGCUUUCACAAACUAUGCAAGGAACUCAAGUGGUCCUGUCUCAAUCCGACCAUUUAUCAUGGUUGCUCCAUUUAAGACAAUGCACAACAUUAUUUGUAACUAUGCAGAAGAAGAAAGGAUUCCUUUCAUAAUUGUUCCUUUCUUAGGAGAAAACGAUCCUAAAGCCGACAGACGCAUGGUUCGAGAUUUUAAUGUUUAUAAUCUUCAAGAAAAUUCACCUUGCACUGUUGGGAUUUUAGUAGAUAGAGGAUUGGAUUCUCGUAUCAAUUUAGGUCGCUUCUCUUACAGUGCUUUACUUAUCUUUGUCGGGGGUGCUGAUGAUCGCGAAGCCUUGAGACUUACUACAAGAAUGUCAGGAAAUCCUGCUGUGAGUAUCACAUUCAUGAAAAUUAACCUGAUGCACGGAAACGAAGAUAUUGAUGAAGCUGAGGAGGAACGAGAUAAGUUAUUAAUCCAAGAAUUUAAGGAUAAAAAUGCUUAUAAUGCCUGUGUUGUUUUCCGUGACAUGAUAGUGGAAAAUACUUUACAAUUGAUGCAUAUGGCUGAGACUUUGGUGGAUAUUUAUGACCUUGUUAUGGUAGGAAAGAUGCCUAUGAAAGUGAAACAUGUGAAAGAAAUGACAGAAUGGAUUGAUCAUCCAGAGCUUGGAGUGAUUGGCGAUGCACUAAUUUCAUCAAAACCUCGUGAUUGUAAGAUGUCAAUUCUUGUGAUGCAACAUACUUUCAAGGUUGAUAAAACUAUUCAUCAAGAUGAAACACUUGAGAAAGUUAGAUGAUUCUUAGACAGAUUGAGGGUUCUUUCUCUUUUUAUGUACAUACAGUAGAAUCUGUUGCAUUUAGUAUUUAAUAAACUAAUAGGUUUAUCAAUAAACUCUCCAACAUUGAAUACUUAAUAACUUUAUAUGUAAGUUUCUACUUUUACAUAGUUGUUCUUUCUUUUUUACAACUCAUGGUGUAAUUAAUAUAACUUUUUGGAUGAAUAAAUGGACCAAAAGAAAAAAAAAAAAAAAGUUCUGUUAGCUUAAUUAGCAUAAAACUUGGUUAGCUUAAUUAGCAUAACGGUUCCUAACUUAGCAAUUAUAAUUAAACUAUUAACUAUUUGAUCUCUAAUUCCCUCUAGUAGUUGCUCUCUACCAGUGGUUCUUAGAGCUUAUGCCAUAGUGUUUCUUGCAUUAUAUAUAAGUAUUUCUCGGGAAGAAACUAAUUAUUUUUGGAUUAGCAAGAUGACAAUAUUAUUCAAAGGUAGACCAGACCAAUCAUCGGAACUUUUUCUGGAAAAAUGCCUUUUAAUUUCUUAUCUCUUGUAUU